CAAUGGAAAAUCUAGGAAAGAGUGUAAAAAGACGGGCAUUGAAAUGAGAUCCACUGAUUGCGAAUUAUGCGGAUAAUGGUAAUCGUCGAAGCAACUUCUAUGUUUAAAGUUGUCUUUCCCGAGAACCAAAAACCCAAAAGUCCAAAACCCAGCCUUGCCCUACUAGCACCCUUCCCUUCCCUCAUCUAUAUAUAAACAAACAGACCCUACCCCCUCCACCACCACACAAUCCUGGGUCACCUUCCAUCCCCCUCUAUAUGCAUUUCUUCAUCAUAAUGAACCAUUUCCUCCUACUCCCUCUUAGCUUUCUAUAACCUGAUUGAUUUGUUCUUUUGGUUUAUUCCAUUUUGAUUUACUAUAAAGUUUGAUUCUUUUUGACGAACGAAGAUGGCAAUCCCUUAUCCCCAAUUAUUUGCUACAGUGAAGCCGCCAAUGGAGGCGGGUUUGCCUUCCCAGUCUUCGCCUCUGUCGCUUUCCCCUGUUAUUCUAACCCAAGACGAUUUGAAGAAAAUCGCCGCCUACAAGGCUGUUGAGUUCGUCGAAUCCGGGAUGGUUCUUGGAUUGGGUACGGGUUCUACGGCCAAGCAUGCCGUCGAUCGAAUCGGGGAAUUGUUGCGACAAGGUAAGCUUAAGAACAUUAUAGGCAUACCAACAUCGAAGAAGACCCACGAGCAAGCCGUAUCGUUAGGAAUUCCACUCUCCGAUCUCGACACUCACCCCACCGUUGAUCUUGCCAUCGACGGCGCUGAUGAGGUGGACCCGGGCCUCAAUCUCGUCAAGGGACGUGGUGGGUCAUUGUUACGCGAGAAAAUGGUCGAGAGUGCUUGCAAGAGAUUCAUUGUCAUCGUUGACGAGUCCAAAUGUGUUCAUUUUAUUGGGGAAAGUGGGCUUGCAAUGCCUGUAGAGGUGGUGCCGUUUUGUUGGAAGUUCUCAGCGCAGAGGCUUCAGAACCUGUUUGAAUACGCGGGUUGUGUGGCCAAGCUGAGGACGGAGAAGGAGAGCAGUUCCCGGCCUUUUGUGACGGAUAAUGGGAACUUCAUUGUGGAUUUGUAUUUCAAGGAGGACAUCGGGGAUUUGAAGAUUGCCAGUGAUAAGAUUUUGAGGCUUGCUGGAGUGGUGGAGCACGGCAUGUUUCUGGAUAUGGCUUCUACAGUGAUUGUUGCUGGGGAGCUGGGGAUCACCAUCAAGCAUAAAGGGGAUCACCAUCAAGAAUGAUUGGGGAAGUGGAGUUAGUUCUUUUUUGCCUCCAUUGAUUGAGAGAUUAUCUAACAUUGUUACCUGUUUAGGAGCUUUGAUACGAUUUUUUGAUUUCUCAUCGUUCAAAGGAGAAUAAUUUAUUGCGGUAAUAGGGGAGGGAUUAGCAUAUUUUAUGUAAGUCUUAGGAAGGGCUUACUCAAGUUUUGGUGUUUAACUGUCUUGAGGCAGAACUUAGAAAGGAAUAGUGGGAAUAGUAUGAUUCCAUGAAUCUCAAUAUAAUGGAAUGGACUUGGUCAAGAUCUUUACUACAGUCUAAGCGCCUCUUAUAUUUGUUUAUUGGAUGCUUUACUGUUUCUCUGAGAUAGUUAGUUUGUUGAUUUUGUCAUCUUUCUCAGCAUUUCUUUCAAACCAUGUCAUUUUUCUUCUUAGUUUCCAUAAUAUGAUCGCUUGCAGUUCAUUUCAUCUUGUUAAGGUAUCAUUUUGAUGAUUUAUCAAUAUUUGGUGAAUUGAUGGAGUGUAUUAGUAACCUAUUUGUCUACUUAGUUGGUGCAUACCAUUUAUGGUUUUCCUCACUCGGCAAGCAGCAGCUGAACUAUUAAUUAACGGUACCUGAUUAUUGGAAUCUUUGCUGGGGAUGUUGCUUCUCUCAUCAGUUUGUUGUCUUAUUUUGCAUGUUUCAUAUCACAUUCAAUUUGUUUGUUCAAUGGAAAGGUUAGGGGAAUCCAUAUGUAACUAUAACAGGUCUGGAGAGGCCAAUGACCACAUUAUGUGUACGAUUUUAUUUCCAUAUCAUGUGCCUUUUCGUCUUAUUAUUCACUCUUGUGAUUAAUCCUCCAUUCGAUUUUCUGUGUAUGAUUUUUUAUAGCUACUAACCCGUUAGAGACUCAGACUGCCCACAAGUUAGGGGAGAGAGGUUUCUGAUCGUGGCGCACUAUUGGUGGGAUUGGCACACAAUGUCAAUCAGGGGUUCCACAACCGCUUGGCUGCUCGUCUCUGCAGUUGAAGCGAGGGAUUUGCCCUACAUUUUACCAUUCGGGAAAGGAAAAAA